CUUGUCGAUUUUAUAGCUUCUCUGUCUCGUAUAGGAGCAGAAGGUAUUUUCGAGAUCAAUUUGGAGCUUACGCGUAAGCUUUGAUUUUUAAUCAGUGGUGAAUUGCGAAGCAGUGGUAAGUUGGCAGAAUUCACGAUGCAAAGAGAAAUCUCAAUCUCAUCAGCCAUCUCCACUCUGCCUUUCAACGGUGAAUUCGAUUUCGAUCCGUCGUCAAAUUACACUAACAGCGACGAAUCCUCUAAUUACUCUAGAGCCCUAGCGCCCCAAUUCCAGCAGCUGCUGAAUCAGGACUUGGCGAUCCGCCACCGGAUGGUCCUCUCGCGCCUCCGCAGCGUGGCGAAGCAGGCGCGGACCCUCCGGCAGGAGAACGUCAAUCUCAAAAUGGCCAACAUUGACUUGAACAAUCGCUUGGAUCUGCUACUCAAUUCGAUGAAGAUGAAUGCGGAAGAGGAGGGGACGAGUGAGGUGGGGGCGGCGCAGAGCCCCACUAGUGUGAUGGAUUCCGGCCAGGGUGGACUAGGAGAGAAGCAGCUUCAUUUUCCAAACUGUAUUUCAGUUCGUUCUAAUGGCUAUGUCAAACCAUCAAACGAAAACAAUGGGACGCAAAAGGUGUAUGUGAAAGGUGAGGAGGAGCGAGCGGUGGAACUGGAAGUGUACAAUCAAGGCAUGUUGAAGACUGAGCUGUGCAACAAAUGGCAACAAACCGGAGCUUGCCCUUAUGGAGAUGACUGCCAGUUUGCUCAUGGCAUUGCAGAGCUCCGGCCAGUCAUCCGCCACCCUCGUUACAAGACCGAGGUCUGUCGCAUGGUCUUGCACGGCGUCCCUUGUCCUUAUGGCCACCGCUGCCACUUCCGCCACACUCUCACCGAGGAGGAGGAGGAGCUCAUGAGGGCCAGGAAUUCCAAUUCUCUUCAACCUAUGAGCUGCCGGUAACUACUCUUUUAAGUAGAAUGGGAUUCGUAGAAUGGGAUUCGAUGCUGUAAGUAAAUAAGCAUCAAGCAUAGAGGGCUUAGGAUCUGAAACAGAGAAUUAUUGUGUGCUUUCAUCAUUUUGUGUCGUUUCUUUACGUUUAAAAUGUCAUUAGUCGUAAUAAUGCAUUGCCACGCUGAUUAUUAUUAUUA